AUGGAGGCUAUCUUCACCGACCUCAAAUCCAACAAUGAUUCCUUCCGACGCAAUGCCGCAGGUCGCCUGCUCAGCCAGGUUCAAGCCGCCUUCCGCGAGCUUCACCCUGCUGAGUUCAACACGUUUUAUGCAGAUGUCAAUAACAGCAUGGUGAAGUUGAUUCUCAACGGUGUCGACACUCACCAAAGGACGGGAGGAUUCUACGCGAUGAGCGCAUUGAUCGAUUUCAAAGGAGACGAAGCAGGUCAGAAGGUCACCCGAUUUUGUGGUUAUAUCCGGCGGACGUUGGAGGGCAAUGAUACGAGCACAAUGGUCGUUGCUGCCAAAUGUCUAGGCAAAAUGGCUGUCCCGGGAGGUGCAUGGACAGCCGAGCUUGUAGAUGCCGAACUCAAGCGCGCUCUGGAGUGGUUGACAUCGGAGCGAAACGAGAAUCGGAGAUUUGCGGCAGUUCUCGUAUUGAAAGAGUUGGCACGAAACAGUCCGACGUUACUUUACACAUACAUCGCCAGCGUUCUCGCAAGCAUAUGGGAGGGACUGAGGGACCAGAAGGUCGUUAUUCGUGAGACUGCUGCAGAGGUGGUCUUCCAUUCCUUUCAAAUACUUUCCGCACGUGAUCCUCAGCAUCGUUCCACAUGCUUAUCCCGAAUGCUCGAAGGCGCCCAGGAUGGUUUCAAGCGCAAUACAGUGGAAUGCAUUCAUGGAUCAUUCCUUGCCUACAAAGAGCUUCUUGUGCAGGGUGGCAUCUUCAUGCAUGGUUCCAAGUACAAGGAAGUCUGCGAACGAGUGCUUGUUCAACAAUACCGAGAGCAUAGAGAUCCUACAAUAAGGAGGACUGUUGUCGAUAUUAUACCGCUACUGGCAGCAUAUGCGCCACGCGAGUUCUGUCACCAUUACCUUGCCCGAUCCAUGCAGCACCUCCAAACACUUCUCAAGGAUCCGAAGCAAAGAAACAUGGCUUUUGUUGCCAUCGGAAAGAUCGCGCAUGCGGUGGGUUCCCAAGUUGCACCUUACCUGGACACUAUCCUGUUACAUAUUCGGGAUGCUCUUUCCGUAAAGAACCGAUCGAAACAGUCUGACGAGGCGCCUAUCUUCGAAUGUAUCAGCAUGAUUACCAUCGCAGUUGGCCAAACACUCAGCAAAUACAUGGGAGCCCUGCUGGAUCCUAUCUUCGCUUGUGGGCUUUCUGAUGCCCUGACACAAGCUUUGGUCGACAUGGCAUACUAUAUUCCACCCGUCAAAGCGACCAUUCAAGAUAAGCUUCUCGAUUUGCUGAGCAAGACCUUGUGCGGCCAACCCUUUCAAACACUAGGACAUCCAUCUUCAGGAAAGGGGCUUCCGCCAAUAUACAACAAAGAAUGGAGAGAUCGACGCGAUCCACAAAAUCUUGAGCACAAAGAUACGGAGAUUGCGUUAGCGCUUCACACGCUGGGCUCUUUUGAUUUCCGCGGUCAUUUACUUAAUGAUUUCCUUCGCGAUGUAGCAAUCCGAUAUAUCGAAGAUGACGACGCGGAGAUCCGUAGGGCAGCAGCACUGACUUGCUGUCAACUGUUCGUCAAAGACACGAUUGUCCACCAAUCAGAUCACCACGCCAUUCAGGUCGUGUCGGAUGUGAUUGAAAAGUUGCUUACAGUGGGUGUGGCUGACCCUCAAAAGGACAUCAGACUGACCGUCCUGGUUUCCUUGGAUGCUCGUUUUGACCGAUACCUGGCAAAAGCCGAGCACGUUCGGACGCUGUUUUUGGCACUGAACGACGAGAACUUCCCCAUCCGGGAGGCUGCUAUCACCAUCAUUGGCAGGUUGACCGCAGUGAACCCAGCUUACGUCUUUCCCUCAUUACGAAAAGUACUCAUCCAGUUGCUGACCGAAAUCGAGUACUCCAACAGUGCACAAAACAAGCGCGAAUCAGCACAAUUGAUCAGCCAUCUCGUCAAGGCCAGCAGCAAACUUAUUACGCCAUAUGUGGACCCUAUGGUCAAGGUCCUCCUACCCAAAGCUGCGGACGCUAAUGCAGAUGUUGCUGCAACCACGCUUCGAGCUCUUGGAGAUCUUGCUGUUGUUGGCGGCGAAGGCAUGAAAGAGUACAUCCCAGAUCUGAUGAGCAUCAUCAUCCGAAGCUUGCAAGAUCUGGCAUCGCCCAAGAAACGUGAAGCUGCGCUCUGCACUCUUGGACAGCUCGCUACUAACAGCGGCUAUGUCAUCGAGCCUUACAACGAUCACCCAGAACUACUCACGAUCUUAAUCAAUAUCGUCAAGAAUGAAGCUCCGGGUGAUCUACGAAGGGAGACUAUACGUCUCAUGGGUAUCCUCGGCGCUCUCGACCCGUACAAACAUCAACAGGUCAUCGAAGAAUCCUCCGAGACAAAUCUUCGAGCUGAAGCUGAAGCCGAAUCUGAUGUCACACUCAUCAUGAGAGGCAUUACGCCUAGCAACGAAGAGUACUAUCCCACGGUAGUCAUCAACACAUUAGUGGCUAUGCUCAAGGAAGAUACCCUCAAGCAAUUUCACUCGAAUGUCGUCGAGGCCAUCAUGAACAUUUACACCACAAUGGGAAUCAAAUGCGUACCGUUCCUUGGCACUGUCGUGCCCGGGAUCGUGGGUGUGCUGAAAGAUGCCACUUCUGACAACAGGCUGGAGAGCUAUUUCAACCAACUCGGUUUGCUAGUCAAGAUUGUGCGGCAGCAUAUCCGUCCCCACCUUCAUAUCAUCCUUGAAGCCGUGUCAGAUCAUUGGCAUCUGGGGAAUCAGAUCCAAAUUACCAUCCUGACCCUGAUCGAAAGCAUUGCCAAAAGUCUCGAAGGAGAGUUCAAAAUCUACCUCGCGAACGUCCUGCCACUCCUGCUUGGUGUCCUUGAUGCGGACACUCGAUCUCCUGAGGGCAAGGCUGUCUCGCUACGUGUUCUUCAUGCAUUCCUCGUGUUCGGCUCAAGUGCUGAAGAAUACAUGCACCUCAUCAUCCCGGUGAUAGUUCGAAUGUUCGACUCCAGUGAAAGAUAUCGCGACAAGGAGGUAAGAAAAGCUGCCAUCGGGACUAUCGGUCGGAUGAGCAAACAGGUAAACAUUUCAGAGUUUGCUGCAAAGAUUAUUCAUCCGCUCGCUCGCAUCUUACAAGGCACCGAUCCGUUCUUGAAGGCGACAGCGCUCGAGACGCUUUGUGCUCUUAUUUUCCAGUUGGGACAGGACUACCUCCACUUUGUGCCCAUGAUCGACAAGAUUCUUGUCCACCAACGUAUCAACAUGACAGCGUACAAUCUCAUCGUAAAUAAGCUCAAGAAGCACGAGCCAUUGCCUCAGGAUCUCAGCCCUGACGAGCGUUACGGAGACGAGGACGAUGAUCAGUAUCCUACCGAGAUCGCCACGAAGAAACUUGCCGUCAACCAGCAACAUCUGAAGAAUGCUUGGGAGGCGAGCUCAAAGCUGACGAAGGAUGAUUGGCAAGAAUGGAUGCGUCGCUUCUCAGUUGAGCUGCUCAAGGAAAGUCCACAGCAAGCACUCCGAGCUUGUGCCAAUCUUGCGAGUAUCCACGCGCCUCUUGCUCGCAGCCUGUUCAACAGCGCAUUCGUCAGCUGCUGGACUGAGCUCUACGAUCAAUAUCAAGAAGAGCUUGUGCGUGCCAUUGAAGUGGCAUUAACAAGUCCUAACAUUCCCCCAGAGAUUCUACAGGUACUUCUCAACCUUGCCGAGUUCAUGGAACACGACGACAAGGCUCUUCCCAUUGACGUUCGGACUCUUGGAAUGUACGCGGCUAAAUGCCAUGCAUUUGCCAAGGCUCUUCACUACAAGGAGUUGGAGUUUACCGCAGAACAAAAUGCAAGCGCUGUCGAAGCGCUAAUUUCCAUCAACAAUCAACUCCAGCAGACGGAUGCUGCUUUUGGUAUCUUGAGGAAAGCGCAGGGCUACAACGAUGUCAAUUUGAAAGAGACGUGGUUCGAAAAGCUGCAACGAUGGGAAGAGGCUCUUGUCGCUUACCAAGCUCGCGAAGAAGCCGAAGGCGGUCCGCAAAAUGCUUCUUUCGAAGUAGUGAUGGGUAAGAUGAGGUGUCUUCACGCCUUGGGAGAAUGGGACACCCUGUCCAUGAUCGCUCAAGACCAGUGGAACCAUGCCUCGAGCGAGCACAAGAGGAAUAUCGCGCCACUCGCAGCAGCUGCCGCAUGGGGUAUGGGUCAAUGGGAUACUAUGGACGACUAUCUCAGCGUCAUGAAGCAGAACACACCUGAUCGCAGCUUCUUUGGUGCUAUCCUUGCGCUCCAUCGCAACCAGUUCGAAGAUGCACACGCACAUAUCACUAAAGCUCGCGAUGGCCUGGACACCGAACUUAGUGCCUUACUUGGCGAGAGUUACGCUCGAGCUUAUUCUGUCAUCGUGCGAGUUCAGAUGCUGGCUGAACUCGAGGAGAUUAUCGCAUACAAACAAUUCCACAAUGAUCCCGCCAAACAAGAGCGAAUGCGAAAGACAUGGACAGAACGCCUGAAGGGCUGCCAACGAAAUGUCGACAUUUGGCAGCGGAUGCUCAAGGUUCGUGCCCUGGUCAUCACACCACAGGAGAAUGUGGAUAUGUACAUCAAGUUCGCAUCCAUCUGUCGCAAAGCGCAACGUACCGGUCUAGCGGAGAAGAGCCUGAAUAGCCUGCUCGGUGGUGGAAAUGGAAGUGGUAGUUUGACGGACCCGCAAAAUUGGUCUCUCGUCAAGACUGCACCCUACACGGUGCAAUAUGCUGUCUUCAAAUUUUUGUGGGCUAACAACCAGCAGCACGCUGCACUGCACGCACUGUCAGAAUUCACCGUGCGGCUCAAGGUCGCAGUAGACGAGAGAUGGACUCUCCACGAGGCUAUCAAAAACGGUAUUCCAGAUGCACAUGCGCGACUCAGUGAGCUCACACACGGAAGCCAAAUGAAUGGAAUACACAGUACAGGACCUUUUGGUCCCCAAGGGCUUCGUGAGGUUCCUAAAGAGGAGCGGAAGAAGACUGAUGAAUGGCAGAUGCUGCUCGCUCGGUGCUACCUCAAGCAGGGUGAUUGGCAGAUCAAGCUCCACAAGGGCGACUGGCGCGCGGAUCACGUACAAGAUGUGCUUGUGUCAUACUCGGCUGCAACGCGACAUAAUGAUUCGUGGUACAAGGCAUGGCACGCUUGGGCGCUCGCCAACUUCGAGGUCGUGACCGCCGCCAGUUCCGUCGAUCCCGGAAACAACAGCCUGCCAGAUUAUAUAAUCACCGAGCACGUUAUUCCCGCGAUCAAGGGCUUCUUCCGCAGCAUCGGUCUUUCAAAGACCAGCUCACUUCAGGAUAUUCUACGCCUACUGACUUUGUGGUUCUCCCACGGACAUCAACCUGAAGUCGCACGGACGAUCAAUGAGAGCAUCAAGUCAUUGGCUACAGAGACAUGGUUGGAGGUCAUCCCACAGCUGAUUGCUCGUAUCAACCAGCCCAAUCGCAUCGUCCGGGAGGGUGUACACGCGCUUCUUAUCGAUGUGGGACGCACGCAUCCUCAAGCUUUGGUGUACCCUCUCACUGUUAGCAAGAAGAGCGAUACCGGUCCUCGCUCCAGAGCAGCAGCAGCAAUCAUGGAGAACUUGCGAAGCAAUGGACCUAUAUUGAUCGAGCAAGCAGACUUGGUCAGUCACGAGCUGAUUAGAAUCGCUGUCCUUUGGCACGAGCAAUGGCAUGAAGGACUCGAGGAAGCUUCGAGAUUAUACUUUGGCGAUCAGAAUAUUGCGGGCAUGAUGGCCACCCUCGAGCCUCUCCAUGCAAUGUUGAGGAAUGGUCCAGAAACACUGCGUGAAAUCUCAUUCAUCCAAUCUUUUGGCCGCGAUCUGAACGAGGCACGCGACUGGUGUGAAGCAUGGAAGACGACUGGCGAGAUUGGAGACCUCAAUCAAGCAUGGGAUUUGUACUACGGCGUGUUCAAACGAAUCGCUCGCCAGCUGCCACAGCUUGUCAGCCUCGAGUUGCAAUAUGUCUCGCCGCGUCUCAAGGAUGCCCGAGAUCUUGAGCUUGCGGUCCCGGGAACAUACCAGAGCCACAAACCUGUGGUCAAGAUCCAGAGCUUCGAGCCAGUCUCUUCGGUCAUCGCUUCGAAACAGAGGCCCAGAAAGCUUGGUCUUAAGGGUGACGAUGGCAACCGCUACGAUUACCUCCUCAAGGGACAUGAGGACAUCCGACAGGACGAGCGUGUCAUGCAGCUGUUUGGCUUGGUCAACACUCUGCUUUCGACAGACCCGGAAUGCUUCAAACGACAUCUCAACAUCCAGCGUUAUGCAGCUAUUCCACUGUCUACUCAAUCCGGUCUUUUGAGCUGGGUGCCCAAUUCUGAUACGCUGCACGUCAUCAUCAGGGAAUACCGCGAGAGCCGAAAGAUUCUCCUGAACAUCGAACACCGUAUCAUGCUGCAAAUGGCGCCAGAUUAUGAUAAUUUGACUUUGAUGCAGAAAGUGGAGGUAUUCGGCUAUGCGCUCGACAACACCACCGGUCAAGAUCUGUAUCGUGUCCUGUGGCUGAAGAGUAAAUCCUCCGAGGCUUGGUUGGAUCGCCGAACCAACUACACUCGCAGUCUCGGUGUCAUGUCAAUGGUUGGAUACAUCCUCGGUCUCGGCGAUCGUCACCCGAGCAAUUUAAUGCUUGACCGAAUCACCGGCAAGAUCAUCCACAUCGAUUUCGGCGAUUGCUUCGAGGUCGCCAUGCACCGCGAGAAAUACCCCGAACGCGUCCCCUUCCGCCUCACCCGGAUGUUGACCUUUGCAAUGGAAGUCAGCAACAUCGAAGGCUCCUUCCGCACCACCUGCGAGCACGUCAUGCGCCUGCUCCGCGCGAACAAAGAAUCCCUCAUGGCCGUCCUCGAAGCCUUCAUCCACGACCCGCUCCUCACCUGGCGUCUCAACAACCGCGAAUCCCCCGCCGAGACCUCCUUCCCCUCCGAACGCCGCACCAGCAUCAUGGGGCCCGCCGCCGCCGACGCCGAGGCCGCCACCGGCACCGUCGCCCGCCGCAUGUCCCAGGCGCAGAUGCAGCAACACGAAGUUGAGCAGAAGGAGGUGCAGAACGCACGGGCGCUGCAAGUGCUCGAUCGCGUCAAGGAGAAGCUGACGGGUUGCGAUUUCAAGAGGGACAAGGAGCUCGAUGUGCAGAGCCAGGUGGAGAAAUUGUUGAGCGAGGCGACGAACCUGGAGAAUCUCUGUCAGCAUUACAUCGGCUGGUGCAGUUUCUGGUAG